GCAAAGGGCAACGCCCAUGAAGAGAGGGCCAUUCCAACGUCCAUUUAAAGGGUGCAACACGACCCAAGGGCAUCCAAAGGGGCUUCCAUCCAGAAGCAAAGUUCGCCUUUGCGCCGCUGUCUUGAGGGUCCAUCCAUUCCGACAACCUGACUGACACAGGCAAGGUGGCGCAGGGCAGAGACCAAGGGUCCUCCAUCAAAGGGCAUUGAUCGAUACCAAGGCCUGGCAACUUACGUAUAAGGCACGGAACAAGAGCAGAUGAGUACGUAGCGCAGCAUCGCAUUCCUCUUUACUCCGUACAAGCAACUCUCCUCGCAUGACGGCAUGCCCGCCUCGUAGGCAAUAAUACAUGUACUCCGUACGGAGUACGAAGUAAAUGGAUAGUACUGUAGUUGUUACGUCCGCAUUAAAGGUACGGGCCUUGAACACGAGCGACCCACGGCCCUCUUUAUGAGUGAUAUGAAUGCAGCGCCGCGCCCGCCAAUAUUUUUAGAGCUCCCAUCGCCAGCUUCUCCCGAUUCCAUCUCUGGCCGUGCGGACGUUGGUCCAUUGGCCUACGCUGCAGCUACUGUGCCGUUCCGCCUGUCUUUCCCGUCUCUUCCAUCCGUCCUUCCAACUACCACAUUACGGUACCUGCUAGCGGGUUGCCCGCUGACGACAGCCCAGCCCGCCGCCGCCGACAAGGGCCCCCCCCUGGACACUGAGGUGCCCGUUUGGGGAGAGCAGGAGCCCAGAGCACCAGGGCCCCCCAGGGGCAGGGCAGGGUCCACCACUUGGUACUAGCGCACCGGCCACCUGCGAGCUCCACUGCAGUCAGGGGACGUCAGGGGUCCAGGCACACCACCACCUCACCUGCACCCGCCGCCGCCGCCACGCAUCCCGGGAGCUCAUCUGGCCCUCGAGCAGCCCACCUCUCCGCAUUCGAGACACGGAGCGCAGCAGCACUUGGCCCGACUGACCAUCUUUCAAACAAGCCAUUCUUUUCUUUCUUUCCAUCCGCGAGCCUUCUGUCGUGUCGGGAAUCCAGCACUCCGCCCGACUCCUCUGCGAAAGAGACCCCGUUUCAUGCGCUGCGGCAGGAUCACGAGUCGGGGGUUUCAUCUUUCUCUCCUCCUACCCCAUCGGUGGCCAGCGUCGCCUCCGUCGCUUGCAUCAUAGUAGGCAUUCGUACAUACCUACGUACUACACUGCCCGGCCAGGUUCGAGGCGUUUCGGCGAGGGCGUGUUUCGACCACGCGCAGCGAGUCAUCGGAUUCUACGUUUACAGGGCGAAACGAGGCAAAGCCCUGCCGCCCACGAGGACAACAUCGCCAAGACGUCACGUCUGAACAGGUUUUUCCUGUGCACCUCGCCCCUGGCAGAUCCGCAUCUCUGCUUGUUUCCUCCGCCUUUUCCGUGCUCAAAAAAAGAAACGUCAAGAGCGGCUUGUAAUCCUAUUCAACCGCGGAUACGGUUGUCGAGAUCCGAUGCCAUCAUCGCCGUCGUCAAGAGGUCACUAAGACGCCCCAGAGGGACACGACGACGGCAGCCAUGGCCCUGCCCAGGGAAUCGGCUUUCCUGCCGACCAUUAAGUGCUCGUCAUGCGGGCGAGAUGUGGAAAUCUCCAUGAUGGGAGAUCAUCUCUGCGGCGGCCCGACAGCUGAGCUGUCACCGCCGCCCGAGGCCGAUGAGGGCUUCGGCCUCCAGCUUAGCCAACCAAUAUCUGCAAAAUAUGGGCGGACGCCGCCUCCGGUAGAUACGGAUGCUGCAAACCGCGCCUUUAUGAAAAGGGGCCAGUUGACGCCCGUGAGCCAGCCCAGCACCUCUCGCAGUGCAUCACCCAUAAUAGACGGCGGGCUGUCUGCCACUGGUCGUGCCGGUAAUCUCUCCUCACGCUCGCCGGGCGCAAGUCGGAGGCCAGGGGGGUACGGCGGCUUUGGUGACAGCAGAAAGGACGAACCCGAGUCUGGCCUGAGCACCAGUCUCGGCAGAUCGGCGGGCAACGGCUUUCUGCAGAGAAUGAAUACCAUCGCCCCUGGUCCCUUUGACACGAACCGAAGCCCAUCUGCCGCAACGUUUCCCACGCGCAAGGACUCUCUGGACAAGCUUGACGGCCCCUUGCUGGAGGAUUUGGGACCCCCGUUCGAUGACCGCCCCAGGACAAGUCCCUCCAGUACAUCAGGUACCGGCAACCCCGUUGCACCCCCGAGAGCGCCACGUAAGAAUGGUUAUGGUGGAUUUGGCCGUCCGGGGACCGCAGACGAACUUCAGCCGCCAAACUCUGGCUUCAUUAGCCGGUCAGAGACGUAUCCAAAGCCUUCUCCCAGCCUUCAGUCGCCGGCGAGGAAAUCUUCUGCUCCUGGAACACGGUCGGACCGUCAACGACAAUCGAGAGACGCAGGUCACGAUCGCAAGGUGUCGAUGGGUCCGGAUACGUCGAGGAGGCCGCCACCGCGGACCAGUCUGCUGGCGAACCACAAGCCCAAGAACUCGGUGUCCGUCGACCUGGCUGCUGAAUUCGGCGUCGGAAACCCGUAUCACACGCCAUCUGACUCGGCCUCAUCUGGCUACACGACCUUCAGCCAUCCGAGUCAGGCGAGCUCUCAGACAAGCCCGGGGAGGUCGCCGAUAGACCGCCGCGACGUUGAGCCUGCAGUGCAAUCAGACCGAUCCAUGAGGAACCUUGGGAAAUCAAUGGAGAAUCUGACUACACGCGAUCUGCCCACACCUCUUCGUACACCGUCGCCACUUGUAACGCCGACAUACGGGAAAUCAAUUGGGGAGCGAAACGACCCUGCGGUACAUGCUGGGAAAUUGGACUCGGAAGGACGAGGCUAUGAUCGUUCCGUGCCGAGUCCAAGGUACGGCGACAGUUACUACCGGGAGCCAGAGGACAUGAGAUCAGAUUACAGAAAUGAAUACUCGACUCGCACGACGACCACGAUGACCCGCGCAGGAUAUAGCUAUUCACCUCCCGUCGGAAACGGAUCGCGUGACCCCAUGAUGGUUCCCUCUCGCGGAGACUGCAAGGCGUGCGGUCUGGCCAUCCGCGGCAAGAGUAUAUCUUCGGCGGACGGACGACUGACGGGCAAGUACCACAAAGCUUGCUUCGUGUGCACGACAUGCUCAGAACCCUUUUCAUCCGCCGAGUUCUACGUCCUCGACAACAAGCCAUACUGCGAGCAACACUACCACAAGCUGAAUGGCAGCUUGUGCGGAACUUGCGGACGAGGCAUAGAGGGACAGUACCUCGAAGAUGAGUCUAGUGUCAAACACCACCCAGGCUGCUUCCGGUGUCUCGACUGUGGGCGGUCGCUCUCGGAUGGCUACUUCGAGGUCGAUGGCAAGGCAUAUUGCGAGAGAGACGCGUGGAGGCGAACGCAACCACCUUCUCCGUCCCUGUAUCCACCACCAUCGCAUAAUACGUACCCAUCGCCAUCGGCAGGCCAACAGCCAGGAAGGCCGGGUCCACGGCCGCCGCAGGGGAUGAUGAAAGGUCUACCGAGUCGUCCCGGGCCAAGGCCGGGACCCGGUGGGCAGCCCGGUGUAGCCCGGCCCCCGUACGGGCCCGCACACGGAGGCCGCCUCGGCCCACCGAGUGCUGGGCCUGGCCUCUGGCCGAGGAUGAACAAGCGCAUGACGCGCAUGGGCCAGAUGUGAAGCGAACGAGACACGAAUCACGGAUGCGACUAAUACGAGAUGUAUGACGAGGUUUCUAUGCGUCUGCAUUACGCAGGUAACCACUCUUCACAAGGCUUCACUGUAAGGCAUUCUAAUGUAUGUGCUCGGCAUCUGUCACCGCCGACGUGACCAACUCACAGCGGUUGCGCUCGGCCUGACGUGGUUUCGCAGCCGGGCACUGUUAGGCAGGUUUUUUGGGAUUUAAUUCGUUGGGUCGCCGGCUUGUUGCUCCUAUAUACCCCCCGGCGGUCUGAUUUUUGGUUGUAGGCAGGUUUUGGUUUAAUGUGACAUAUACUGGCGUCUUUGAGCUCUUGAAGAGAGGCCCGGGCCUCUUUCUAUGGAAAAGCUCACGAAGUAGAGACGUGGUAACUACGAGGAGGUCUACAUUGUACGACUUCUCUGUCCUGUGAGCUGUCGAAACAUGUGCAAAAUGGCAGCGAGAGGUUGCGUCGCGGCGUGCAAGCC